CACUGAGUGAGGCCAGGAAUCGAACCUGCAACCUCAGGUUCCCAGUUGGAUUCGUUUCCCCUGCGCCAUGACAGGAACUCCGAUGUUACCUUUUGAUAAGCUUUCCCCUGACUUCCUCCUGUCUCACCCAACAUCUCUUCUCCACUGACAUUCUACUCACAUGGACCAUCAUCACCCAGAUCAUUCGGCUGCUGAACCAAUUCACCCAUCAGCUGGAAGGUCCCAAUCUGGGGGGUGGCUACUUACCCCUUCCAGACCCUUCCGAGGAAAGCAAGUUUCCUUCCACGUGGCAGGAUACAUUUUAUAUGUGUUUGGCUGUGUGACUGAUAGGGUGGAAAGUUGAGGGGAACUGGAGAGGAGAUGGCAGUUUUAACCAAGAAAAAACACUCAGUCGAAACCCUGCCUCUGCCUUCUUCGGGCGUGUCCCUCUUCUGGGCAUCUCUUCAGGAUUUCAUUCCUCCGUCCAACUGCCGUUCACAACUGCCCUUUCCAACGGCUCCAGAACUCUUGGCCUUGGCAUUCCGUGAUGUAAAUUAUUCCACGCAUGGCUCGAAAUGGGUGCGAAGCAGUGUUGCCAGGUGUCGGAUCACUAGUUUGUCAUGGACGAUGAUGAUGACUCGUGUCUCCUUGAUCUUAUUGGAGACCCGCAAGCAUUGAACUAUUUUCUACAUGGACCUAGUAAUAAGUCGAGCAAUGAGGACUUGACUAAUGCUGGAUAUUCUGCAGCCAAUUCAAAUUCAAUUUUCGCCAACUCUAGUAAUGCCGAUCCUAAGUCAUCCCUCAAAGCUGUAAGCAGCCAGCUUGGAGAAGGGCCCAGUGAUGGACUGCCACUUUCAAGUAGCCUUCAGUUUCUUGAAGAUGAACUUGAGUCUUCUCCUCUUCCUGAUCUCAGUGAGGACCAACCAUUCGACAUUCUUCAGAAAUCCUUGCAGGAGGCCAAUAUCACUGAACAGACAUUGGCAGAAGAGGCAUAUCUGGACGCCAGUAUAAGUUCAAGCCAACAGUUUGCACAAGCUCCACUUCAUCCCUCUUCAUCAGCAUCCUUUACUCAGGCUUCUAAUGUUUCUAAUUACUCAGGUCAGACGCUGCAGCCUAUAGGGGUGACUCACGUGCCUGUUGGCACAUCGUUUGCAAGCAAUACCGUGGGUGUGCACCAUGGCUUUAUGCACCACGUGGGGAUCAGUGUGCCCAGCCAGCAUUUGUCCAAUAGUAGUCAGAUUAGUGGUUCUGGGCAGAUACAGUUAAUUGGGUCAUUCGGUAAUCAGCCUUCCAUGAUGACGAUUAAUAACCUAGAUGGAUCGCAAAUCAUAUUAAAGGGCAGUGGACAGCCAGCCCCAUCAAAUGUGAGUGGAGGAGGGCUCCUGGUUCACAGACAGACUCCUAAUGGCAACUCCUUGUUUGGGAACUCCAGUUCCAGUCCAGUAGCACAACCUGUCACCGUUCCGUUUAACAGCACAAAUUUUCAAACGUCUUUACCCGUGCAUAACAUCAUCAUACAAAGGGGUCUUGCACCAAAUUCAAAUAAAGUCCCAGUUAAUAUCCAGCCAAAGCCUGUCCCGAUGGGCCAGCAGAACACAUACAGUGUGAACAAUCUGGGAAUACAGCAGCACCACGUCCAGCAAGGGAUCUCCUUCGCCUCAGCGAGCUCACCCCAGGGCUCCGUGGUUGGUCCGCACAUGUCGGUCAACAUUGUAAACCAACAGAACCCAAGAAAGCCGGUCACCUCCCAGGCAGUGAGCAGCGCCGGGGGCAGUAUCGUCAUUCACUCUCCCAUGGGCCAGCCUCACACGCCCCAGAGUCAGUUCCUCAUCCCCACAAGCCUUUCCGUCAGUUCCAGCUCGGUACACCACGUCCAGACCAUAAAUGGGCAACUGCUUCAGACUCAGCCCCCUCAGCUCAUUUCUGGCCCAGUGGCCUCGGAGCAUGUCAUGUUGAACAGAACCUCUUCCAACAUGCUCAGGACCAACCAACCGUAUUCUGGACAGAUGCUUAACAACCAGAAUACCGCCGUCCAGUUAGUGUCUGGGCAGACAUUCGCCGCCUCUGGAAGUCCGGUGAUCGUCAAUCAUGCCUCGUCUCAGAUUGUUAGUGGACAGAUGCCCUUGCAGCAGGCAUCACCAACCGUGCUGCACCUGUCCCCUGGGCAGAGCAGCGUCUCCCAAGGACGACCUGGGUUCACCACCAUGCCCUCGGUGACCAGCAUGUCAGGACCUAGUCGGUUCCCUGCCGUCAGCUCAUCCAGCACCGCCCAUCCUAGCCUUGGGUCCGCGGUUCAGUCUGGUGCAUCAGGAUCAAACUUUACGGGAGAUCAGCUGGCCCAGCCAAACAGGACUCCAGUACCAGUCAGCGUGUCUCAUCGUCUUCCAGUCCCUUCUUCCAAAUCAACCAGCACCUUCAGUAAUGCACCUGGAGCAGGAACCCAGCAACCGUUCUUCUGUCAGGCUCAGAAAAAAAGUUUGAAUCAGACGUCCCCCAUUUCUGCUUCCAAGACUGCAGAGGGCUUGAGGCAAGCUCCCAUCCCAGGCCUUUUGAGCACUGCGCUGCCAGGGCAGGAUUCUGGAAGCAAAGUUAUACCGGCGUCCUUAGGAACCACACAGCCACAGCAGGAAAAAGUAGUUGGAUCAUCUCCUGGCCAGCCAGCUGUACAGGUGGAUGGUCAUUCGGGAGGACAAAAGAGGCCUGCUGCAAAACAACUAACUAAAGGAGCUUUCAUUCUCCAGCAGUUACAGAGGGACCAAGCCCACGCGGUGACACCCGACAAGAGUCAGUUCCGAUCACUGAGCGACGCGGUGCAAAGGCUGCUCUCCUACCACGUGUGCCAGGGCUCCAUGCCCACGGAGGAGGACCUGAGGAAAGUUGACAAUGAAUUCGAAACAGUUGCCACUCAGCUCCUAAAAAGGACCCAAGCUAUGCUUAACAAGUACAGAUGCCUGCUUCUGGAAGACGCCAUGCGGAUCAAUCCCUCUGCUGAGAUGGUGAUGAUCGACAGAAUGUUCAACCAGGAGGAGAGAGCUGCCCUCUCCCGGGACAAGCGUCUGGCCCUCGUGGACCCCGAGGGUUUUCAGGCCGAUUUCUGUUGUUCCUUCAAACCCUGUAAAGCUGCUCCUGAGACGCAGUUUGGCAGGAGUGACCAGCCAGGCAGUAAAGCAGCCAGUUCUGUGCAUCUGCCGGCCAAGGCCCAGAGCAGAGACCGAGCCAAACCAGGCAUGGCAGAACCAACAAAUCAUGACCAAUUUCAUCUAGUGCCUAAUCACGUCGUGGUCUCCGCAGAAGGAAGCAUUUCCAAAAAAAACGAAUGCCUCGGCAGAGCCUUGAAAUUUGACAAAAUGGGCUCAGUUCCGUACCAGAGUGCGUCCGACGACAAAGGCAGCCGGAGAGACUCCCUGAAAGGCAGCGAGUGCUCGCCCGGCCCGGAAGGACACCGGAAAAACUUGUCCAGACCAGACCACGGUCCUGAGAGCAAACCCUCCAGCAUCCUAGCGGACUCUCACCUGGAGCUGACGUGUAACAGCUCCUUCCAGGACAAGUCUCUGAGGAAUUCUCCAAAGAAUGAGGUUUUACACACGGAUAUCAUGCGAGGGUCCGGCGAGCCGCAGCCGGAUCUCCAGCUCACGAAGAGCUUAGAGACAACGUUUAAGAACAUCUUGGAACUCAAAAAGGCUGGGCGGCAGCCCCAGAGUGACCCCACGGUUAGCGGCUCUGUGGAGUUAGACUUCCCCAGCUUUUCUCCAAUGGCUUCGCAGGAAAACUGCCUGGAAAAGUUCAUCCCGGACCACAGUGAAGGCGUCGUAGAAACGGACUCCAUUUUAGAAGCAGCUGUAAAUAGCAUCCUAGAGUGUUAAUAGCCGCAGUCCUCCCCGCCCCGGCCCGGGACCCGCCCGCCCCGCGGACAAGUCACAUCCUUCCCUGGCAAAAGCGAUGGAAACGGUCUCCUGUCUCCAGCCUGCUUGAUCUUUCAUCACAGGUUAUUCUUUCUAAUCUCGACCCCAUCCUUUGUUUCAGAGCAAUACUCGUCAUGGUUACAGGGAAAUCCUUUAGGAAGACUGAUCCUUGUUAGAAAGCAGUCUGAUAGGCCCUACACAUUUCAAGUGUUUGGAAAGUGCUUAGAGUCCUUUUUUGUUUGUUUUAUUUAAAAAAAGAAAGAAAACACUGUAACUCAGUGAGAUCACAGUAUACUUGGCCCUGGGUAAAAUCCUGACAAUCGUAAGUCAUUUGAAAAGAACAAGACUUAUUAAAGAAAAUCAAAUGGGACUGAUAGAAGAUACUUUUUAAAAAAAAUAUCCCACUGCAUCUCCAAAUUUUGGCUUUGGGGGGUGGUGUCUUGGGGUUGUGGUGGGCGGGAGAACCGUGGCUCUCCCCUCAGCCGGCUCUGAGCAGUCCGUCCCGGCUGCCUGGACCCACAGCCCAGGCGUGGGCACCCGCAGCGCGCACGCAGGGCUCCGCAGGGCUUCCUUGUUCAUCGUUCAAGUGCUUUUCUGAUGCUCCCAGAGCAAAACCUCACCUUUUCCGCAUAUCCACGUUGAAUCUCAUCUAGGGAACAUUUUGUUCUGAGUUGCAACAGCAUGACUCGAGGUAAUCUCGCCAGGCUAAAUAAAGGCAAAGAGAAACCAGUUAAAAGGCACAGUGUAUAGGGGAAGCCGGGGUAGAGCCAUGAGGAAUAUAAUAUGUAUAUAUGUAAAAGCAUAUAUAUGUUAACUAUUGAGAAAAAAAAACAAGCGUUUUGCAUUCUAUCAUUGGAUCUAGUCAACAUACAACGUAUGUUUUUGUUGGUUGCUGGGUUUUGUUUCAUUUAACCUCUCUUCGCACCCUCUCCCACAACAAAUAGCCAAGCGCAUCAAAAGCACUUUCAUUUGAAAACUAUGUUGUAAUUUUUCAGUUUAAACGUUAAGGGGACUUUGGCCUUGUUUCUGCUUCUUGUUGUCUGAGAACAGUAGUCGCCUCCCACCCCCGCCCCGCAGCGAUCAUUACCAAAACACAGACAAACCAAAGGUAGCCAGCCGGCCAGCCCGCCACCGAGAGGAGAGAUCUGAGACACGGGAUUCCCACUUGAGAGCCAAAGGACAGCCCUGUCACGGUUUGUGUUUGGCCCAUGUCCACGUUCGUGAACGUGACUUAGUGCUUUAUUUAUUUAUAUUUCUUUUCAGGGAGCUUUCCCCAUUUUCCUCUCUUGUAUACCUGCCCCAGGCCAUCGCGUUUCUGUUGUCACUUUCAUCCUCAAUGUCAUUGUAACCGGCAGUAUCUCCCAGCACUGGGAAAGCCACAUGUGGCGUUGUGUGUACCCUCAUACGUACAGGUGUGCGUGCGUGCGUGGGUCUGGGCUGUUCUGAUCUGGAGGUCUUUUUGGCUGCGGUGUGCACACGCCCACCCGCGCUCUCCUUUCCUCUGUCCAUCUCUCUGGCUUUUGAGGAGCACUCGCUGGCCCUUCCUCUAACUCGUUGCCAGGAUCUGCCUCUGGCCGUUCCCAGAAUGGGGACGACCCCACUGGCAUCAUGUUGGGCAUUUCUUUUCCAGGUUGGCCUGUGAUGGAAAGGAAGGCUUCUGAUUCCUAGAAAACACAGCAACAGAAGACCUAGACUCUCCCCGCCCCUUCAUCCCCUGCACAAAGAAACCCUUCAAGACAGCCAGCCUUCACCUUCUCCCUGCCCCCGCCCCCGAGCCAAUAGAAAUUGGAAAAUCUGGGCCGUUUUACGGUUGCCAUGUUUUCCUUCCUUGUGCCAAUGUCCAAGUUGCGGAUUCCCCCUUUUCUUGUAUUGUAACAUAUUAGAAAGAUAAGUUGGUGUUGCCAGUUGGAACUUUCUGUUUGGGCAGCCCUGGGGUGACACCCUGCCCUGAACCCCAUGAUUUCAGAGGCCCUUCUUCUCUUAGGCCUCAUGCUCCCCUAAUUCCUAGCAAGGCUUAAGGAUGGUCCCUCCCGAUCAAAUUCUUCUCAUUGUGGAAAUUCGUGCCCAGAAGCCUUCACGUAUGAAGUUACAUUAAUUACUUAAUCAAUGGAAUUCUUAGAAGACGAGAUAAGCUUCAUGUACGUUGUCACCUCUCUUUCUGCCCUGUUCUGCCCUGCCGCCCCAGUCCUAGCUUUUCAAUCUACCAUCUGAAAGGGUUCUUUAAGCCCUGACACCUGUCUAGCAAACGGAGAGCCUAAUUUACCAAAAUGAAACUUGUAAAUUUUUGUGUCCUUGUAUGUAAGUUUACUUUUUAUUGAGGGAAGAUUCUAGAUAAUGACGAAUGACGAUUACGAAAUGUAUUUUACUCCUGUGAUUAGGUCAUAACUCGCAUGUCCAGGCCCCUCUGGGAAAGGGUUAGAGCUCCGCCUGGGAUGGCCAACAUUCACUUGUUCAGGUUCCUUAGUCAAAAUUCAGUUUUAGAACUACUUGUACUCAGUAACAAAAAUCAUUUUCUUUCUUUCUUUUUUUCCCCCUUUCUGUUGUUGUGGAAAAGCGUGAAUUUGUUAUUAAGCGUUUGAUUUUCUGUGUCCUUAAGUACUGCCUAAAGAUAAAAGCAAAUUUUAAACUGGCAAUUAAGAAAAAGAACUAUUUUAGCUGUGAAGAAUUUAGUAGAUUUUGUUAGAUUAGGGAGGCCUUACAGACUGACUUGACUUAAAGAGGACGCGUCACUCACUGUCAGUGUGGUGUGGGCUUUAUUUGCUUCAAUACCUUCAUUUGUAUAGUAUGUCUCACUUGAAAUUGCUUUGUAUACAUUUUGUAAAAAUAUUUAUAAAAUGUUUUGUAAAAAAAAGUAUAACAAAUUGCAGUUUAUUUUGUUAUGUUGGAUAAAUACUGUUAAAAGAAACCAGUCAGUAACUAUAUUGUUAAUCCAUGGUUAGGAAAUGUUUAGUUGGAGAUUACAAAAUGAAACAACCAUUGCAAUACAGCCAAAGAUUUGGGAAAAUG